AUGUCGGUCUCGCCCGCGGCCCCGCCGGGGUCGCUGCCCAUUAACCGGCUCGGGGAGCCGCUGCUCCGGCGGCUCAGUGGCGUGCUGGACCGCGCAGCUCCGGGCAGGGGCUGGAGGGACUUGGCGCAGCGAGCCGGGAGCCACGGCAGAGUCAAGCUGAGUUCUCUGGAGUUGGAACAAUGUUCUCUCAAAGUACUGGAGCCAGAAGGAAGCCCAAGUUGGAGUCUCCUGAGACUACUGGGUGAAAGGGGUUGCACUGUGGUGGAACUGAUGGAAUUCUUACAGGCCCUGGAACACACAGAGGCUCUUCAGUAUCUCAGUCCUCCAGGUAUAAAGAUUGUUGUACAGCCAGACCCUAAGUCAGUAUUAUCUGGACAAACAGUCAAGCUAUGUUGUUGGGCAACUGGACAUCCAUUUCUGCAUUAUCAGUGGUUCAAAGAGGAAAAAGAGGUUCCACAUGGGAAUUCCCCAGAGUUGAUUUUUAACCCAGUGAGUGUAAAUGAUUCUGGGUUUUACAUCUGUCGAGUGAACAGCGAUUCUUCCUUUGUAUUCAGUCGGUGGGCACAACUGGACGUUUGUGAUCUCCAGGGCGUGUCUUAUGGAAGCUUGGUUGGUUUGCCUGAAAACAAGAUACAUGUCUUCAUUCAGCCCCAAUCACAAAACCUGAUGGUAGGGGACACAUUGGUUCUAGAGUGUGGUGCUGUUGGAAACCCAGUUCCUCAUUACCAGUGGUUCAGAAAUGGAUUUCCAUUGACAAAUGGGAACAGAAAGGUAUAUAUGGUGUCUUAUGUGGACAUGGAACAUCAGGGGACCUAUUGGUGUCGUGUGUUUAAUAACCAAGACAAUCAAGAAAGCAAGAAGAUAGAAGUCAUGAUAGGAAGAAAAGCUAUGGCAGUGGAAUGCACUGAAGAAGAGUUUAGUAGUCUUGGAAAGCCUGACCUUCAAGAGCAAUCAGCUGACAGGCCUUCUGCAAUUGACAAAGUAGCUUUGUUAAUAGGAAACAUGAGCUACUGGAAUCACCCUCAGCUGAAAGCUCCAAUGGUGGAUGUCUAUGAAUUGACCAACUUGCUGAGACAGCUGGAUUUCAAAGUUGUUUCUCUUCUGGAUCUUACUGAAUCUGAGAUGCGGAAUGCAGUGGAUGAAUUUUUACUUCUUUUGGACAAAGGAGUGUAUGGUUUAUUAUAUUAUGCUGGCCAUGGCUAUGAAAACUAUGGGAACAGUUUCAUGGUUCCAAUUGAUGCCCCAAAUCCCUAUCGGUCUGCAAACUGUUUGUGCGUGCAGAAUAUACUCAAACUGAUGCAGGAAAAAGAGACUGGGCUCAAUGUGUUUUUACUGGAUAUGUGUAGAAAAAGAAAUGAGUAUGAUGAUACCAUUCUAAUCUUGGAUGCCCUGAAGGUUACAGCUAACAUCGUUUUUGGAUAUGCAACAUGCCAAGGAGCAGAAGCUUUUGAAAUUCAGCACUCUGGGUUAGCCAAUGGGAUUUUCAUGAAGUUCUUGAAGGAACGCAUGUUGGAGGACAAGAAGAUUACUGUGUUACUUGAUGAAGUUGCAGAAGAUAUGGGUAAGUGUCACCUUACCAAAGGCAAGCAGGCUUUGGAGAUUCGCAGCAGUUUAUCUGAGAAGAGAGCAUUAACUGAUCCCAUUCAGCAAACAGGAUCAUCUGCAGAGUCCCUGGCACGGAACUUACAGUGGGCCAAAGCUCACGAACUUCCAGAAAGUAUGUAUCUUGACUUUAAGUGCGGUGUUCAGAUUCAGCUGGGGUUUGCAGCCGAGUUUUCCAACGUCCUGAUCAUCUACACAAGGAUAGUAAAGAAACCUCCUGAAAUACUAGUUUGCAAAGCGUAUGUUACAGAUUUCCCACUUGACUUGGAUAUAGAUCCUAAAGAGGCAAAUAAAGGGACUCCAGAGGAAACUGGCAGCUAUUUAGUAUCAAAGGAUCUUCCCAAACACUGUCUCUACACUAGACUAAGUUCACUGCAGAAACUAAAGGAGCACUUGAUCUUCACAGUUUGUCUGCAUUAUGAAUAUCCAGGAAUAGAUGAUUCCCUGGAUGAAAGGAAGGAGGUUAAUGUUGGGAAGCCUCUUAUUGCUAAAUUAGGCAUUCAUCAUGGAUUUGAGGAAAAUUGUUGCAUGUCUAACAGACCUUUCCAUACUCAAGCAUCCACUCCUGUGGCAGCUGAAUACUACCUCUCUCCUAAUCACUGUCAACCAAAUUCCUACCCAGGUGUUCACCAUCCAAACUCUGCUCAUUCAGACCAUUUCAGGCAGCCAGAAGCAUGCCAUUGCAAUGUGACUUUGAAUGUGCUAACUUCAAGACAAGAAGUAUGGACUUGCUCAUCCCACAUAAGAAAGAAUAAUAUACCAGUAGAGACAACUGAUGACACUGUUGACCUGGGAUUCAGCUUCUCCAACAGCCUCAGAUUAUCUAAAAAGCAGUAG